AGAUAUAUAUACAACAAAGUUGUAUAUACAACAAUGAAUAACCUAUAUAUACAACAAUGUUGUAUACCUACAACAACGGUAUAUCCUAUAUAUACAACAAUGUUGUAUACCUACAACAACGGUAUAUCCUAUAUAUACAACAAUUGUUGUAUACCUACAACAACGGUAUAUCCUAUAUAUACAACAAUUGUUGUAUACCUACAACAACGGUAUGUCCUAUACCUACAACAAUAGCAAUCUGGCAACAUCGCAGAAUGGGCGGCAACGACAAGCACUGAAAAGCCCGUGGACGACACCGACUGCCGGCGCCGGCUCACGGUCGUCGCCGCCAUCUUGCCAAGCGGAGAGCGGAGCGCGGACCGGAGCGGAACUGUGAAAAUUCCGGAAAACGAAGCCACGAGCACCAGAAAACAGGAAAUGCUAGUGGAAGAUUCGCCGUAUUGUUCACAGGGACAAACGACCUGGGGACGACCCUGCGCGUCCAAGUCUGGACGGUGCCGAUUCCCGCGUGGCAUGGACACGACCCGAGGAAGGAAGGAUUUGGCCUUGUUGAGGUUGAGCAGCAGGCCCAGCAAAUGUCGUCCGCAGUGGCGACGAAAUGCAAAACAGGACACCUGGACGGUGCCGAUUUUUGUUCGGUCGAGGAAGGAAGGGUUAGGCCUUGUUGAGGUUGAGCAGCAGGCCCAGCAAAUGUCGUCCGCAGUGGCGUUCAAAUGCAAAACAGGACACCUGGACGGUGCAGAUUUUUGUGCGGUCGAGGAAGGAAGGGUUAGGCCUUGUUGAGGUGAGUAUUUUAGCAGUGAAAUUAGCACUGUGGGCUAAUAAUAAACCUGCCUUGUCUAGGUUGAGCAGCAGGCCCAGCAAAUGUCGUCCGCAGUGGCGUUCAAAUGCAAAACAGGACACCUGGACGGUGCAGAUUUUUGUGCGGUCGAGGAAGGAAGGGUUAGGCCUUGUUGAGGUGAGUAUUUUAGCAGUGAAAUUAGCACUGUGGGCUAAUAAUAAACCUGCCUUGUCUAGGUUGAGCAGCAGGCCCAGCAAAUGUCGUCCGCAGUGGCGUUCAAAUGCAAAACAGGACACCUGGAUGGUGCCGAUUUUUGUUCAGUCGAGGAAGGAAGGGUUAGGCCUUGUUGAGGUGAGAUUUAGCAGUGAAAUUAGCACUGUAGGCUAAUAAUAAACCUGCCUUGUCUAGGUUGAGCAGCAGGCCCAGCAAAUGUCGUCCGCAGUGGCGACGAAAUGCAAAACAGGACACCUGGACGGUGCCGAUUUUUGUUCGGUCGAGGAAGGAAGGGUUAGGCCUUGUUGAGGUGAGAUUUAGCGGUGAAAUUAGCACUGUGGGCUAAUAAUAAACCUGCCUUGUCUAGGUUGAGCAGCAGGCCCAGCAAAUGUCGUCCGCAGUGGCGUUCAAAUGCAAAACAGGACACCUGGACGGUGCAGAUUUUUGUGCGGUCGAGGAAGGAAGGAUUUGGCCUUGUUGAGGUUGAGCAGCAGGCCCAGCAAAUGUCGUCCGCAGUGGCGACGAAAUGCAAAACAGGACACCUGGAUGGUGCCGAUUUUUGUUCGGUCGAGGAAGGAAGAUUUUUGUGCGGUCGAGGAAGGAAGGGUUAGGCCUUGUUGAGGUUGAGCAGCAGGCCCAGCAAAUGUCGUCCGCAGUGGCGUUCAAAUGCAAAACAUGACACCUGGACGGUGCAGAUUUUUGUGCGGUCGAGGAAGGAAGGGUUAGGCCUUGUUGAGGUGAGUAUUUUAGCAGUGAAAUUAGCACUGUGGGCUAAUAAUAAACCUGCCUUGUCUAGGUUGAGCAGCAGGCCCAGCAAAUGUCGUCCGCAGUGGCGUUCAAAUGCAAAACAUGACACCUGGACGGUGCAGAUUUUUGUGCGGUCGAGGAAGGAAGGGUUAGGCCUUGUUGAGGUGAGUAUUUUAGCAGUGAAAUUAGCACUGUGGGCUAAUAAUAAACCUGCCUUGUCUAGGUUGAGCAGCAGGCCCAGCAAAUGUCGUCCGCAGUGGCGUUCAAAUGCAAAACAGGACACCUGGAUGGUGCCGAUUUUUGUUCAGUCGAGGAAGGAAGGGUUAGGCCUUGUUGAGGUGAGAUUUAGCAGUGAAAUUAGCACUGUAGGCUAAUAAUAAACCUGCCUUGUCUAGGUUGAGCAGCAGGCCCAGCAAAUGUCGUCCGCAGUGGCGUUCAAAUGCAAAACAGGACACCUGGACGGUGCCGAUUUUUGUGCGGUCGAGGAAGGAAGGGUUAGGUCUUGUUGAGGUUGAGCAGCAGGCCCAGCAAAUGUCGUCCGCAGUGGCGUUCAAAUGCAAAACAGGACACCUGGACGGUGCCGAUUUUUGUGCGGUCGAGGAAGGAAGGGUUAGGCCUUGUUGAGCACUUAGGACGAGCUGCGGCUGCUGUUCUGAAGAGCGAGCAUUGGCCUUAAACAGAGCUACGACCGCACGAGAUUUCGUCCUGUGACAAGUAUUUUUAAGAGCUACGACAGCUCUUAAAAGUUUUUCAGUGUAGCAUUACAUAUUUUGCUAUACCUGGAAUUUAUUGUUACAUAAGCAAACCUGUAAUUCAAUUCUCUUAAAUUUAACGGUACCUACUAUGAUUUGCAUUAUUGUUACACAGGCAGUCAAAUUUUAUAACUUGCAUUGGAACCAUUAUCAAUAAAUUUUAUCUCCCGCUGAUGAA